UCUCCUUCAACAGUAUAUAGGACCUUGGUAAUCCAAAUAGACGAAAUUCUUUAUAGCACCACCACCACCAACGACAACAACAUUCUCGAUUCAUUUGAUCGAUUUCUCCAGCAGUGUACAACAGUUGAAGAGUCCAAACGGAUUCAUGCACAAAUCAUCCUCAGUGGAACGUAUCGAUUCGCAUUUCUGGCUGCAAGACUUAUAUCGAUUUAUAGCCGCUUCGGGCUUGUUGCUGAUGCUAGAACAGUCUUUUGUAGCAUUCCUGUUGAGUGCAGUUUUAAUAUAUUACUUUGGAAUUCCAUAUUGAGAGCAAACCUCUCUCAUGGGCACUCUGAGGAGUCCCUUAGACUUUACGUUCAGAUGUGUAGCCUGGGAAUUUUCCCAGAUGGUUUCACUUUCCCUUUAGUUGUAAGAGCUUGUGCGUCCUUGGGGAACUCAAAAUUGUGCAAGAUCAUGCAUGCUCAUGUUGUCCUUUCGGGUUUCCAGUUUCAUCUUCAUGUUGCAAAUGAAUUGAUGGGGAUGUAUGCAAAGAUUGGGAAGAUGUGCUUUGGACGGAAGUUGUUUGAUAGGAUGCCCCACAAGAGUUCUACUUCUUGGAAUACUAUAGUUUCAGGUUUUGCUUUGAAUUUUGAUUGUGAUGGUGCUCUUGAGAUAAUUGGAAUGAUGGAAGAGGAAGGAUUGGAGCCUAAUCUAGUGACAUGGACAUCGCUAUUGUCGGCCCAUGCUCGAUGUGGGAAGCAUGAGGAAGUUUUGGGGUUAUUUGGUGAUAUGAGAAUGAGAAAGAAUGGUGCCACUGCAGAAGCCAUUGCUGUUGUUUUGUCUGUUUGUGCAUAUUUUGAUGCAUUCAGUAAGGGUAAGGAGAUCCAUGGAUAUGUCAUUAAGGGUGGUUUUGAAGAUUAUGUGUUUGUGAAGAACUCCCUUAUAUGUGUCUACGGUAAACAUGGAAAUACUGAGGCUGCAAAGAAGCUAUUUUCAGAGAUUAAAAUCAAGAACUUGGUGACUUGGAAUGCAUUGAUUUCCUCCUUUGCUGAGGCUGGAUUCUGUGACGAGGCUUCUAAGAUUUUCUCACAGUUGGAGAAUACAAAAGACCAGUUGAUGAGACCUGAUGUGGUAACUUGGAGUGCUCUGAUUGGUGGGUUUUCUUUGAAAGGACAGGCUGAUAAAUCCCUAGAAUUCUUUCGUCAAAUGCAGCAUGCUAAUGUGAAGCCCAAUUCAGUCACAGUUGCCAGUAUUUUAUCAGUGUGUGCAGAGGUAGCAACAUUGAAUCUUGGAAGGGAGAUCCAUUGCCAUGUCAUUAGAGCACUGAUGGAUAAAAACAUUUUGGUAGGAAACGGACUGGUUAAUAUGUACACGAAGUGUGGGAGUCUGAAACAGGGUCAUCUAGUAUUUGAUUGGAUAAAAAAUAGAGAUUUAAUAUCUUGGAACACAAUGAUUUUGGGGUAUGGAAUGCAUGGUUUUGGGGAGGAUGCUCUAAGUACUUUCAGUCAGAUGGUUAGAGCCAGAAUGGAGCCUGAUGGAAUAACUUUUGUUGCUCUUUUGUCGGCAUGUAGCCAUGCAGGUUUUGUCAAUGAGGGCCGCGAAAUUUUUGAUCGGAUGAUCAGGGAGUUCGAGGUUCCCCCUAAAAUGGAGCACUAUGCUUGUAUGGUUGAUCUUCUUGGACGGGGUGGCCAACUGCAAGAGGCGAUUGAGAUUGUGAAAAUGAUGCCAAUGGAACCCAAUGAAUGCGUUUGGGGGGCAUUGUUGAACUCAUGCAGGAUGUAUAGAAAUACAGAGGUGGCUGAAGAGAUUGCCUCUCGGAUUUUCAGCCUUGCAUCAGAGACUACUGGGAGUUACAUGCUGCUCUCCAAUAUCUAUGCUGCAUGUGGAAGAUGGGAGGAUUCUGCAAAAGUGAGAUGGUUAGCAAGGUCAAAAGGUUUAAAGAAAAGCACAGGCCAAAGCUGGAUUGAGGUGCAUAAGAAGGUUUAUAUGUUCUCGGCUGGGAAUACCUUCCAUCUGGAUUUGAAUGAAGUAUAUGAAAUCCUUAAGGAUUUGGGUCUACGAAUGGAGAUUGAGGGCUACGUACCUGACAAGAGUUUUGUAUUGCAAGAUGUAGCUGAGGAGGAGAAGAAGCAGAUAUUGUAUGGGCACAGUGAGAAGCUUGCAAUUGCAUUUGGGCACUCUAAACUAACUUCCAGUAUGCCCAUCAGGGUAAUAAAGAAUCUUCGAGUCUGUGGUGAUUGCCAUAACUGGACCAAGUUUUUCUCUAAGAUGACAAAACGUGAAGUUAUUGUGAGGGAUGGCCGUCGUUUCCAUCAUUUCAUGGAUGGGUUCUGUUCUUGCAAAGAUUACUGGUGAAAUUUUUUUUACAGCAACAACAACUACUCAGUCUUAUCCCAACUAAAUGGGGUCGUCUACAUGGAUCCUUGCCCUCCAAUCAGCUCUAUUUGAGGUCGUACUUGAUAUGAGGCCUAAGCUAUACAUGUCUUUCUUUACAACUUCUCCUAGGGUUAUUUUAGGUCUACCCCUGGCUCUUUUAGUUUAUUCAAUCUGAAGCAAAUCACUCCUCCGUACUGGAACAUCCAAACACCUCUGUUGAACAUGGCCAUGCACCUCAAACGAUUUUCUUGUAGCUUAUCAUGUAUUAGAGCUACUUUCCUAUCAGCCCUAAUAUGAUCAUUCCUCACUUUACUGGUGAAAAUUCUUCACUAUGCAGAAAUCUUUCCCUAUAUGUGGCUCAGGGAUACUGGAUACAACAUCAAAGUAUUCAAUACAAGAAUAGUAUAAAUGGAAGGAUUGGGUCUGUUAUAACACCCAUGAAGAUUCCGAUGACAUUGGAGGCAAAUCAUUGGUCAUUGUCACAAUAAUUAAGAUGCAUACUGACUCGUCAUGUUAAAUGGGCCUGAACUAUGCUGCUUUACCCUAUUACAAAUAUUAGCAGUCAGGAUUGCACCUUUUGUCAAAGGAGUUGGAGAGUCGAUCCUUUGGAACUGAAUGGUGCUGGGUAAUUGGGAAUAGGUAUUAUCUCAAAAAUUGGGAAAAGGAAUGAAUGUCCAAGUGGGCAUUGUUUUCUUUUUGGUUCCUAGGUCAAUUUUUGGAUCCCUUUUGCUAUUUAUAGUCUUAUUUGAUGUCUUGCAGCAUUUUUCAUAAGAAUUUGAAUUUUACACAUCAUGGUUUUUUUUUGUGACCUAACACAUAUUUGACUUCUCCUUGAACUUCUAUUCAACUCGAGCAUUGAGUCUUUCCCUGUGCUUUAGAUUUAUAGAUGUUUGGAAGGUUUGCCAUUCUCUAGGGUCAACAAUCCUGAGGUCAUUCAGAUAGGUUUUUAAUGAAAUCUCUGAAAUUUGUACUUUUUAACUAGUAAUUGGUAUUUAUGUUGGUGGUGUUGUUAGAUAGUCUUGCACAAAAUCAUCACAGCUGUGAAUCGCUCCUGUCCUUUUGGUUGUCUUUCUGGCCACCUGUGGCCUCUGAUUCUCAAACCUGGACUAAACAAGUUCUGCUACAAAGCAAUCCAUGCAUAUUUGCAGCUGUUGCUUUGGUUUUAUUUUGGGUGUUGUUUCUUCUUUUGAGUACUUGUUUGUCAUGGCUUUUCUU